ACCUGCCAUUAUUGGAAGUAAUAUUCCCAGGCUAAAUAUCUCCCUAGGUUCGAUUGUCAGUCUAGUGAGUUAGCGCUGAGGCUUUCUGUAUUUUAUUGCAUGCAUGGCUAAUAGGCAUGUGUAGCUGUGAUACUUUUUAGGAUUAUAGCAAACUUGGAGCAGAGUGGACUUACGAGGAAGUAGCUGAAUGUCUAAAGUAGAACUUUUGAAGUAUUUAUUUGAAGAUAGGCUUCUUGAAUACCAAUGAUUUUCUUCCAAACACGCAAGUUGUGGAACUUCUAACUUCCGCUAAAUGCUUUCAUUACUGAGGAAAAAUGACUAUGAUAAAAGAUAGAAAAAGGGGAGGGAUCUUUUCACCUAGUUGAUUUGCAAGUAAAAGAGAACAGGAAGUAAGAGGACCUUUCCACUUAUGUUCUUAAUGCUUUUUUAUAUUGGGAAAAUAGAAGAUUUUGUCUUCUCCUUUCCAAAAUCUUACGGAAAUGAUGAGGAAGGAUAAAUGUAGAUAAGUUUGCCCUUUUAACCACUCAUGCUAAGGAUAUAGGAGCAUCAACUCUUUCCUGUGAGCUCUCGAGGAGCAGGAGUAAUCGUUAUCAAGAUAUCUUUUGUGUUUUUCCAUUGUUCCCAGGGAUUCCUUUUGAGGAUCUGUUCCCAUGCUGCAAACACACAAAUCCGAACUGGUGGAGCUGGAGCUGGAGAGGAGAGGAGCAGUAGGGUAACAAAGAGGUUUUUGGGAAGGUGGGAGGGAAAAUCAAGAGACUGACGAGGCUUUUGUUCUCAGAUUGUGUCAUGACGAUCUUUAAAGGAGAGGUCAAGUAAAGACAUGCGUGGUUGUUUGGGGGAAGGUUGAGGGAAGAUCUGAAUUUCCUGAAGGUAAGGUGAGCAGCGAAAUGGUCGGUAUAAUGUUCUGACAUGGUGGUGUUUCGCGAGGUUAAUAGGGUUAUGGGUUUUUAUGGAAAAAGUUAGUUUCACACUUUUAUUUGUAGUUUCACCUAAUACCCUCUGAGAAUUGCCUCUGGGAGUUGAAACGUUUUUUAAUUGUUAGACUACUUUAUUAGGAAAAGGUGCCGUUGGUGGACUAUAUUCUCUAACAGUGACAUCUGAGGGACCAGGAAGGAAAUUAGGGCAGAGUCCAUGGACCGUUUUGAUAAAAGCUUGCUAUUUCCUUAUUCCUGAGUGCCACCUUUCGAAUGAAUACUUGUUUUUUGGGUGUUCUGAAGUAUAAUUGAUGUUUCUAGUCGAGCAUAAAAAUGACAUGUUUCUCUCUUCCACCGAGCAAGGGAUAGGGAUACUCCAAACCAGAAGAAAAGAAAAUAACCGUGUGCUUACACUUGCAUGCAUGUUUUAUGGUACAUCCAUGAACAUCUUUCCCACCACUUCAUCUACCUGAACAAGAUAUCAACCUGGAAGAAGAGAAUGCACGUGUGCUUACAGUUGCAUGCGUUUAUUGGUACAACUUUAAAUAUAUCCGCUGCCAAGCUUUCUUGUGCAAUGUGAUAGUUCUGUUUAUGAGUGGUUCUUUCUAGUAAAAUGUGAUAGUUCUGUGUAAUCUGCUAACACAAACUUGGUUAUUCCUAUAUAAACUGUUUGACCUCAUAGCUUCACAUAAACAGAGGCGUGCACAGGAUCUUUUGUAAGCGAUGUCAACAUUUAAAGAAGUGAACAAAUGAACAAAUCAAUGUCUAAAGUAAUUUUAAAAGCACAAUUCAGAUCAUAUUAAUAAAGCACAAUUUAUUUAUGUUAUUACAGCUCUCAUGGACGAGUUUUCGUUUCUUGAAAUGUAUUCAUAAUUGCCUCAUUAGAAUAGUACUAUGUUUUCGUUAUAUGUAAUGUCAUUGUUUUGCACCGCCUGGGCUAAGGUGCAUCCGCCCGGCAUAUAAACACAUUUAACUGUCAAGUGCAUGAGUUAGUCACAUAUUAAAUGUUCUCUGAACGAGGGAAUAUUGUGCAAAUCAUCUCCCCAUAUGCAUUUACUAUAUGCCUCUUCUAUAAUUGUUUCCUAAAAAGACUGAAGCAUACUCUCUUUUAGGCUCGCACGUGUUAAAGUGUUGCAGUUAAUAGUUUCUGUUAGCUAUUUUCUUAAGUGCAUUUGAUUCUAUAUUAGUGUGGGCUGCUGAUAGGGAAGUGUUAAUGUUGGAUUUUGUAGAUAUCACUACAAUGUUGCAGACUCUAGGCUCCAACAGCAUGUAGACAAGGGAAAUGAAGAUGGUCUUUACAUCAGCUGUGUGGCUUCAGCUGCCAAUCUUUGGGCCCUAAUCAUGGAUGCAGGAACUGGUUUCUCGUCCCAGGUUUACGAUCUUUCAGCUGUCUUCCUCCACAAGGAUUGGAUAAUGGAACAGUGGGAGAAGAACUACUAUAUCAGCUCAAUAGCCGGAGCAGCUAAUGGAAGUUCUUUGGUUGUUAUGUCCAAAGGAACUCCUUAUACACAACAGUCUUACAAAGUAAGUGAAUCAUUUCCUUUUAAAUGGAUAAAUAAAAAGUGGAAAGAAGGCUUCCAUGUCACAUCCAUGACCACUGCUGGCAGCCGGUGGGGCGUGGUGAUGUCCAGAAAUUCUGGAUAUUCUGAACAGGUUGUAGAGCUUGAUUUUCUCUACCCAAGUGAAGGAAUACAUCGAAGAUGGGAAAGUGGUUAUCGAAUAACUUCUAUGGCUGCUACUGCUGAUCAAGCAGCCUUCAUAUUGAGCGUACCAAGACGUAAAAUGAUUGAUGAGACUCAAGAGACCUUGCGGACAUCUGCCUUCCCAAGCACCCAUGUAAAGGAAAAAUGGUCCAAGAAUCUUUACAUUGCAUCCAUCUGUUAUGGUCGAACUGUCUGUUGAGGAUGUUGGUCGCCGUGAUCUCAAUGUUUCAAGAAGAGAUAUGGAGGAUGGAUUCAUCUGGUCAAAGCUGGAUUGCAUCUGUAGCCGGUCCUCAUUUUUCGUGUGUAAACUAUGUUUUGUACGACAGCAUACUGGAAAAUAGGAGAAACAAACACCACUUGAGAACUUGCAGAAUCAUGGCCUGAAAGCAGGCUGGAGCACCAAUUGGGUGGGUGACCAAAAUUUACUGGUUUUGGCAGUUAAGGCUUCCAACAUUUGCAAUUUUUAUACCUCAAAUGAAAAGGGUCCAUUUAUUCCAUAAUAUUAUUGAUUCUUGCUGCCAUGUGGUUGCAUCUACCCUAAAUGUUUUGACUAGGGCGCUGCUGCAGGAUGGCUGAGUGAUAUAUUUCUCGCGUAACUGGAUGUUUUUCUAGGUCUACUACAAUGGCGAGUUUGAGAAUGUACUUUUCUGACGAGAACCAAAUUGCGCGACUUCUGCGAUACUAGCACAUCCAGAUACCAAUAGUUGACGAUGCAAGUAAAGAAAGCAUAAAACUGCAGGCUGUGUUUUAAAGCGUAAGCAGGGAAGUUCCGCUGUAAUACAAUGGUGUCAAGUCGAAACCAAAUUAGCUUAUAACAGUUGUUAUGACUCAGUUCCAAACUAGUUGGCUUCAGUUCUUUAACAUUGAAAUCAUGUAUGGCACAAAACAUCUCACGAGGUGGCAGAAGUGGGCUUUGGGUGCUUGUCCAAUUUUGAUACUUGUGAUUCAUGAGCCAAACAUUGAAAAACAGAGAACGACUGAAAGUUGAGAUCA